GCCACAAUGGCGGACAGAGGCGCGAUUGCCGCUAAUGUUCUUUUUUGUUGAGCGAAACACUAGUUUUGUCUUUUCAGCACUAUAAGGUACGGCGGUUUGUUCAGCAGGUCAAUAUAAACAAAGUGAUAUAAUAAGAACUGAAACCAUUAUAGCGUUUCAUAGUAAUUUUGUUGUGCAUCGUUCUCUACACAAGCUAAGCAUUACAGCCGUCAUCAACGGCGUUUUACCAUGGCCGAGUAUCUAGCUGCUAUCUUUGGUACAGAAAAAGACAAGGUCAACUGCUCCUUUUAUUUCAAAAUUGGAGCGUGCCGUCAUGGAGACAGGUGCUCUCGGAUUCAUAACAAGCCAACUUUCUCGCAAACAGUGUUGCUGCAAAACCUUUAUGUGAAUCCUCAAAACUCUGCAAAGUCUGCCGAUGGCAGCCAUUUGGUGGUAGCAAAUGUGUCCGAUGAGGAGAUGCAGGAGCACUACGACAAUUUCUUUGAAGAUGUGUUUGUAGAAUGCGAAGACAAAUAUGGAGAGAUUGAGGAAAUGAAUGUUUGUGACAAUUUAGGAGAUCACCUAGUCGGGAAUGUUUAUAUUAAAUUUCGUCGCGAAGAAGACGCGGAGAAGGCAGUGAACGACCUCAACAACCGUUGGUUUGGCGGCCGUCCCGUCUACGCGGAGCUGUCCCCCGUCACGGACUUCCGCGAGGCUUGCUGUCGCCAGUACGAGAUGGGCGAGUGCACCCGCUCCGGGUUCUGCAACUUUAUGCACCUUAAGCCUAUCUCCAGGGAACUCAGGAGAUACCUAUACUCCCGUCGCAAGGGCGGGCGGCGCUCGCGCAGCCGCUCGCCGAAGGAGCGGGAGCGGGAGCGGGAGCGCCGCCCGCGCCGCUCGCGCAGCCGCGAGCGCGGCGCCGGCGCCGGCGGCGGCCAGGGCCGCAGGGACGCGCCGCGCAACUCCCGAGCGGGCCGCUACUGACCCGCCCCCGCCCGCCCCGCCGAGACACACGAGCCCCGCUCCCGCACCUGAACCAGCUGUGACAUCACCUAUGUUGGUGGGCCUAUUGCCUAAUAUAAUACUAUUAGUGAUUUUGUAUGUAAAAUCACUAGUAGUAUAGUAUGAAUCUUCUCAAAUUAUUUUUACGUCUCUGACUAAUCUGUUAAACAAAAGCCAUUGUUUCUUUUAUGUGAGCGAUCGGCCAUUGUGUGCCACAAUGGCACGCGCCGUCGCACGCGCACAGACACAAUGGCCGACCGCUCGCACAAAAGAAACGAUGGCUUUUGUUUAACAGAUUAGAUUAGAGUCUUAGACGUAAAAAUCAUUUGAGAAGAUUAAUACUAUAUUAGCUUGUAUUUUAUUAUGCAAUUCGGCCGUGUUGACCCGAUUGAGUGUGAGCGUUUGUGACCAAACUGUGAAAAAAAUCUUCCAUCUGAUACUUUAAGAUUUUUGGUUACUUCGGAAACGUAUCCUUAAGAAAUUGGUUGACAGAAACGACCCCGCGACCCUGAUGAAAGUGAGACAAUAAGGUAAUGUUCCCACGGUAUAUUUCAGCCUUUGGUGAGGUUACAAACUGCUCAGUUCACACUGUAGAGGGCACUAAAAGAGAAACAUUCGUUUGACACGUUCGUGUUAUCUUUCCCACCAUUUACCAUCAUGAAAACGGGGCAUACCGAUAUAUAUCAUAACAUCGAUCGAAUACAAAGGGCAGUCGAAGGAUCCAAAUUUACGUAGAUACGGAAAAUCUAUGUUUAAUAAAUUCAAUUUAAGGGGCCGCAGUCCAACGCGAUAAUCCGACCAGGUUAGCAAAUAGCUAUCCAUCAAGAUCUAUGAUGCAUGAAAUCGCAAGAAAUCGAAAGGCAUAUUCUGCCAUCCGGAAUCAUGUGGGCCACAUAGGAGGUCAUGACCCACAGUACUGAGAAGAACGAAGCAAGGAAGGAUGUGUAACAACUCUGUCAAAUUGAAUAUCCGGUGGCCUCGAAUUCCUAAUCAAAUCAUUAUUUGAAGAUUUUUUUAGUUCAUUUGGUGAAGUGUCUUGUGUGGUUCGAAAAUCGAGUAUCAAUAGUUUGAUUGCUUUGUUUGGUGUUGCCUACAUCCUAUUUUCUACUAUUAAGUCUAAGUAAAAAGAAACAUUUACUCGCUUUUCGAAAAGAUAAAGACAUUAAGGAGCAGGACUUUCCCAAUAAGGCCGAAUUUCCUUUCUGAAUUGGAGGGUCAGAUGGCAGUCGCUUCGUAAAAAAACCAAUUGUUUUGUUGGUAUUAAGUUGCCCAAGUUAGCCGUUGCAAAAAAGCCACGAAGCCUCGAGAAGAUGAUGGCAUGUUUUUAGGGUUCCGUACCCAAAGGGUAAAAACGGGACCCUAUUACUAAAACUCUUCUGUCCGUCUGUCACAAGGCUGUAUCUCAUGAACCGUGAUAGCUAGACAGUUGAAAUUUUCACAGAUGAUGUAUUUCUGUUGCCGCUAUAACAACAAAAUACUAAAAAGUGCGGAACCCUCGAUGUGCGAUUCCGACUCGCACUUGGCCGGUUUUUUUUUUUUUCAAAUAUCUAUCAGUUACAUUAUUUUGUAUACAACACCAACAAAAUAACCAAGCUAAUGAUAUUAAAAAGAGUUAAAAGCAGUGGUUACUGAUGUGCAUACUGCAAUGUCGCACAGAGAAGUAAUCUUACCUUAUUUUUAUCUUGUCUUUUAUUAAGACUUGUCUGUCACAGUGCGGUUGCAGUACCUAUCUAAGAUAGUUUAUAUUUGUGUAAGAAAUUGUAACAUUUAAUAAUAACUAUAAGAAUUCAUUCCUUAUUAUUUAUUUUUUGAAUUUCCUAUUCCUUUAUG